CUUCUUGACAUUAUUUAAGCCGUAUCAUGACUUGUCGUAAGGACCUGCAAAGUAAACCACAUGGUGGUUAGAAACGAAGCCGAAGAUACAAGCGCCGUUCUCGCACCGGAAGAUUGGACUUCGAAUCCCAGAGGAUACUCAGUCGACGAGCAUCCUGCUCGGACACCGGAGAGACGUCUUAAAAUCAUUGGCAUCGGUGCUGGCCUAACUGGAAUUCGUCUUGCCCAACAAGUUAAAACACACCACAGUGACUUGGUGGACCUCGUAAUCUAUGAGCAAGCAGAUCAGGCUGGAGGCUGUUGGCAUUGGAAUAGAUACCCUGGUGUCGCUUGUGAUGUGCCAGGAUCCAACUAUCAGUACAUCAAGGAACCAAAGACCGAUUGGAAGAGUUUUUAUGCAUCGGGUGCCGAAAUUCGACUAUACUAUCAGGACCAUGCCGAGAAGCAUGAUCUUAACAAGUAUAUUGUUUACAACCACGAAGUCAUUGGCGCGAGGUGGAGUGACGAGACUGGAGAAUGGUCGGUCACCACACGAGAUCCAUCCGGGAAGGAAAUACUCGACACUUGUAACGUCCUCAUUUCCAUGAGGGGAAGUUUGCAUCACCCCAAAUGGCCAGACUUGAAGGGAUUGCCGCUGUACAAAGGCGUUUUGGUGCAUAGCGCAAGGUAUCCCGAAGGGCUCGACUUGACAGGAAAACGCGUCGCGGUUCUGGGAUCAGGGUCAUCCGGACUACAGAUAGUUCCCUCCAUUCUCGAUAAUGUGAGUCACCUAUACCAUUGGAUUCGAUCUCCAACGUGGAUAGUCCCGAGCGUCGGCGCAAUGUUCGCUGGGCCUGGAGGUACUAACUUCGACUAUACAGAGGAAAAGAAAGAACAAUUCUCUCGAGAUCCAAAGCAUUACCUCUUGUAUCGCAAGGCUAUGGAGAGCGAACUUAACAAGCGCUUCCGAUUCGUAAUCUCAGGCUCAGAGGAAUCGAAGGCUGCACGCGCCAACUGUGAAGAGACGAUGCGAAAGAAACUUGCCACCGUACCACACAUCGCAAAGAAAAUCAUCCCAACAGAUUUUGACGUGGGAUGUCGUCGACCUACUCCAGGUCCAGGCUAUCUCGAAGCAUUGUCCAACCCCAAGAUGACAGUUUUUACUGAGGAACUCGGGGAAAUGACGGAUAAAGGGUUCAUAGAUGCCGAAGGGGUCGAGCACGAGGUAGAUGCAUUCAUCUGCGCUACGGGCUUUGAUACAUCGUGGAAACCUCAUUUUCCUAUCAUUUCUCGGGACGAAAAUCUCCAGGAUCGCUGGGCAGUGGAGCCUGACUCUUACAUCUCAUAUGCUGUUCCCAAUUACCCCAAUUUCCUCAUCGCUGCAGGUCCCUUUGGCGCUACUGGUCAUGGAUCUGCUGUGCCCAUCACUGAAAUCAUGAUUGAUACUUUCUUGAAGAUCGUUCGGAAGAUGGGAGAGGAACAUAUAAUUUCCAUGGAACCAACCGAGGAGGCGGCGAGGGAUUACAUGGAGCAUGCAGCAUUGUAUCUGCAGCGAACUGUGUGGACCGGCAAAUGCAAUUCAUGGUUUAAGAAGGGUCUGAGUGGCAUUCCGCACCAGUAUCCUGGCUCACGAGUACAUUUCAUGGAAGAAGCCCUCUCAUUCCGUCCGGAAGAUUGGAAAUAUAUCUACGCAUCAGGAAAUCGUUUUCGGUUCUGGGGGAACGGAUUUGCUCAGCGCGAAUUCGAUGGAAGAGACAACUCUUGGUAUUAUGGCCUCUUGGACGGCAAGGAUAAGAUGCCUGAUUAUACGGAGAUUUUUACUGAAUAUUCCAGGAAAGACUAGUGAUUGUGUAUCUGAGAAUCGAAC